CUCAGUCUAUAAAUGUUUAUGGAAUGUGUUAAAAAAUAAUAAACAUAUAUACGUCACACAUACGAAAAUCAAGACAAAAAUGGGUUAGGGUAGCUUUUUAAGCAUCUUAUCUUAACAAAUAAUUAAGGGUUAAAUUAUUUUAGUAGUAGUUCCUAAAAGACAAGAUACACAAUGGAAGAAGAUAAAUUUGCUUUAGUGGAGAAAAUAAUAAAAGACGUACAUAAUGUUUUGUCUAAAAUAGCUGAUUUGUAUGCCUUUGAUGUGGUUCCUAUGGAUAUUAAUUUUCAAAAUAAGUCGCCUGUCCUACAUUUGGAAAACUGCUUAGGCUUAGAAUCUUGGUGUGUUAAGCAUGUGUAUAUGUAUUGUUAUUCAGAACUUAUGGAUAAGUAUAGCCCUAAGUUCAAACGCAAGUCGAAGAAGAUCUCAAAUAUAGAUUCUGAUCGUUUGAUCAGAUUGCUGAAUGUGACAAUUUUACUUAAUCCCGAAAUAAAUUCUUUAUGGAACAAAAGACGUGAUUUGGUGCUUGGACUCUUGUUAGAUAAGACCGUUGAAUUGCAUUUCAUAAGACUCGUUCUGUCAAGAAAACCUAAAUGUAAUGAAGCAUUUGUGUAUCGGAGAUGGCUUCUGGAAUCCAUUUUUCAGGAAGAGAAUUAUGAAAGGAACAGCAUUGAACAUUUAAUUAAUGAUGAAUUAAUUAUUUGUGAUUUAGCUUCAGAUAAGAGUCCAAAUAAUUAUCACAGUUGGAAUCAUCGGAUAUGGUUGUUAAAUAAAGUAAAAACAAUCUCAACAUAUUACGAUCCUAAUGCCCUUUACAUUAAAGAAUAUAAUUCUUCAGAGAAAUGGACAUCAAAACAUGUUUCAGACUUCAGUUGCUUUCACUAUCAUCAAUAUUGUAUUAAAAAUCUAUAUAACCUCUGUAAUGACUCUUGGAAAAGUCUUGAAAAAACAUUAAAUAUUAAUUUUAGAAAAAACCUUGUUAGAGUUCUGGCAUCAAACUUUCCAAAGGAUGUAACAAUUCAGGCUUCAGAGGAAAAUUUACUUGGAUACUCCGAGGAAAACUUAAUGAACCUCCUACUUUCUUAUUCUAAUAAAAUCUGUAAUUGUAAUGUGAAUUAUGUGCAAAUGUGUAAGAAAAUAGAAAUUUUAUUUCAUGCAUUGGUAUUGAAUAAUGAGUUGAUAUGUUUCUAUAAAUACCAUGAGACUUUGUGGUAUCACAGAAGAUUUAUUUUGCAUGAAAUUAUUUCAAUCAUGUAUGAACACUUUGGUCUUGUCAGAUAUAAUGGUGCACUUGUCAAGAAAAACUGCAAAAUUUGCAACUUCGAUGAUAUGAGACAAAAGCAAGCUAAAAUUGGAAGGUAUGACACCAACCAUAUUUACUCGAAUGUAUUGUUUAAUGUUAUUCUCUCACAUGAAAAGCAAAUCAUUGAAGAGAGACAGAAAGAUGGAGAUCCCAAUGCAGAUAGACAUGAGAAAUAUUUGAAGUUUGUUGAAGGUUUUAACAAUGUCAUGUAAAAUACAUUUUGUGAGAGUUUUAUACUAAUUCAUAUUUUACGAAAUGUCAUACUGCAGUAGCAAUCAUUUUGACAUCUUUAAUGGUUCCAUAUUACAAAAAAUAUUUACCACUUUUCCAAUUUUCUAUUAUAAAAAAGAUUAUAUUGUAGUCAUGUAAGAAAAAUAUACUUAAUAUAUGAGUUUUAAUAUAUAAAGAGUCACAUUUUAGUUUUUUUAAUUUUAAGUGUAUAGAAAAGACAAACUUUUAAGCAAUGAAUGAUAGAUGGUGAUAUAUAGAUAUUACAUAUAAAAUGAGUUAGAAUUCUGCUAGAUAUGAUAAUUGUGUGUUAUUUAAUUACACAGUAAUUUGUAUUAAAUUUUAUUGCUGUAAUAUAGAGUUGUGUAUGAUAUUAUGUUUCAUUGGGUGUAUU